AUGAAAUUCUAUACCCUUUUUUUGCUAUUUGUGAUUUUCUUUGCUGCCGUGUCUGCGUGGAACCCAUUUCCCGAUGAUAUGAAAACCAGUUGGCCAGAGCUCGUUGGAAAGAAUGGAGAUGAGGCUACUGCUAUUAUCAAGAGCGAAUGCGAAGGCUGCAAGGUUUUAAUUCGUCCUGAGCUUUCUCCCAUGACGAUGGACCUUCGCAUCGACCGUGUCCGUGUUAUCGUGAAUCAGGAUAACAUUGUUGUAGUAGAGCCUAGACGUGGAUAUUUAUGUUUGUUAAACACUUUUGGGAUAUUCGAUAAUAGAAGAGUGGAAUUUGCAGUUGUUUCUCUUAAACGAAAUUGA